AAUCUGGCUGCAGUCUAUUUGAAAAUGCAAACUAUUCUCCGUGCAUCACAGAAGGCACCACAGGAUAUCAUUGACCUUACAGAUCAGUCGUUUUCACUAUCAUAACCCAAAAAUUGCACAAAGAAUGUGUGGUUUAUUGGGCGUUAGCUAACUGGCCAGUUAAGAACGACUCAGCCCUCCACUCUACUCAGAUGGCCCUUCUGUGCAGUUCAGAUGAUGUAUGACACUUUGGAUAUGGAAAACCUUGGAGUUUUUGCACCUCUCGUGAGUGACCUAAAACUCAUGGAAACUCAUUGGCUACGUUUUUUGGGGGGGUAAAACUAAAGAAAUAUGAAAACAAUAAUAAUGAUAAUUUACCUUGACAUCUCUCAUACAAGUUACUGUACACUCUAAUUUGCAUAUUCUGGAACACCAGCCAGUUCAUAUCAUCAAAGCACAUUCCGGGUUCUGUUUGCUAGAACACGUUCCUUUGAUCCCUGAGAGAGCUCACACACGCACACACGUGUUGGAUCCACAUUCACUUGUUACUGGAAGUUAUCAGAUUUGAAAUUUCUGUAAUAUCAUCAUGUCAAAUAACAACUCUGAACCCCUGAGCGACACUAAGAAGGAAUCGCUCAAGAAGAACUUGAAGAGAAAAGUCAGAGAAGGUGAAGAUGGACUCUCAAAGACAAAGAGGAGAAGACUGAACUACAACCAGGCUGAGAAGGAAUCAGGAUCGGCCUCGUCUGCGGACACUGGCAAUGGGAGCAGCAGCACACAGUCCAGUAGGUGCGGUACAACAGUGGAGGAUGUGAGCAAGAGGACUGGAAAGAGGAAGGCUGCCGCUGAUGAAGAAGAACCCUGCGCAAAGAGAAGGAAGGGCCGGCCAACCAUGAAGGAUUUGAUAGAUUCCCGAAGAGCUGAAUUUGAGGCCAAAUACCAGCAGGAGAAUCAUCUCGGUGAAGGAGGCUGUGGAUGUGUGUUUGCUGGCUACCGCAAAGAAGAUCAUUUACCUGUUGCCAUCAAACACAUAGCAAAAGACAAAGUGUUGUGCAAAGAGAGACGAAAUGGGAAAGAACUCUCAGCUGAGGUGGCUGUGAUGUUAAAACUCCAAGCUGGAAGAACUGGAUUAAUGGAGGAAUCAGCACCCGUGUCACUCCUGGACUGGUAUGAUCUGGACCAGGAGCUCAUCCUGGUGCUGGAAAGACCAAUGCCAUGUAUGGACCUUUUAAAUUACAUCAGGACAAACAGAGGCCACUUACAGGAGGACAAGGCAAAGAUCAUACUUAAACAGUUGGUUGAUGCAGCAAAUGAACUGGAGGAUAAGCGCAUCUUUCAUCGGGAUAUCAAACCGGAAAACAUCCUGAUUGAGACCAGCUCAGAUGUGCCGCGUGUUCGUGUCAUUGACUUUGGACUGAGCUGUUUCUUCAAGAAAACAUCAGUUUACCGUGUCUUCUGUGGUACCCCCCAACACGUCCCUCCGGAGUGGUACAGUCAUUAUACCUACAGGCCCGGCCCCACCACAGUGUGGCAGAUGGGAGUGGUCUUAUAUGAGCUGCUCCACAGAACAGUCCGAUUUGAUACCACAGGUUUCCUCAAACAUGAGCUGCCAAUCAGCGAUGAGCUGUCCAGAGAUUGCCAGGAUUUCUUACAGAAGUGUUUAAACACAUCCUACAUGCUGCGACCUACCCUGAAGGAGCUCCAGCUUCACCCAUGGCUCAGAUAAACCAACACUACACUCACACACGAGUUCAUGCCAAUACAAUACAUUCACAAUACAAGAACUAAUUCUGUUCUAGUUUUUCUUCACCAGGACCGUCAGGUUUUCUCCGGGUGCUCCGGUUAGACCAACUACAGUUCCUUUAGGCCCCCCGGCCGUCCGCGGAGAGGAGGAUCUCUCUUUGAAUUGCCUUUCCCGAGGUUUCUUCCCAUUUUUCAUCUGGCCUCAAGGUUUUGGGGAGUUUUUCCUCGUCUUCUUAGAGAGCUUGGGCCGGGUCAGGAGCUGCUUAUGAUUUGUGCUUAUGGCGAAAGCCAUAUCACAUCAUAAGGAAAAAAAAAUGGAUACUAAUCUAUCAACUGGUCAUUUUGUGAUAAUAUAAAAUAAUAUAAUAUAUAUAAUAUAAGAAUAAAAAAGAAACAACUUAGACUGUUGCAGUUUCUGAGACUGAUUGCAGAACAAUAAUCCUAUCAGAUAAAACAGGCUUGUCUAAAUGAAUGGACAAGACCUAAAAUGAUGAAGUGUGCUCUCUGCUUAUGACUUUACAUUGCUUUAUGCUUCACUCAUGUUGGCAUAAUGAAUAAAAGUUUUUAAAAUGUUUUUUUAAAACCCAUGGCAUCAUAUUUACUUACUUUCUUCCUAUUUACACAAACAGCUUUUUUUUCCAAAUUGCUAUCACAGACCCUGCAUACCAAUGGUACCACCCUGAAACUGUUGAAAGUGAGCAGUCUGAUGAAGUACAGUAUAUUUCGGUCUUCUAUAAAAUGUCCAUAUAUAUCAGAGAAAUCCAUGGGCCAACCACACUGCACCAUUACAUGCAAAAUGCUGAAGGUAAUACAUGCAGACACUGCCGAGAACAGAACAGAACCGAGAACCUUCAAUCCUGAGGUGUCUUUCUCUCAUGACUUGGAUGAGUUUCUGCCAAUCCCUGUCUUGCACAAGUCGCAAUAUCCAACCAAAAGAAAAUGACUUGUUGCAAAGGAAAGCAACUCUCAUUUAAUGAUGCCUCCACAGCAAGGUCCCAGUCACUCAUUCUUGAAAAGCAAAAGUGAUUAGAGGCUUU